UAUUCACGGGCGAUGGAAGGUGAGUUGAGACCGAGGCUCUGUUUCCUCACUAAAGGAGAGCGCGGAUAUGGCUUUCACUUGCACGGGGAGAGGAAUAAAGGCGGACAGUUCAUCCGGAAAGUGGAACCGGGCUCCUGCGCUGACUUGGCGGGACUAAGAGCAGGAGACCGACUGGUGGAGGUCAAUGGGGAAAACGUGGAAAACGCAACGCACCAUGAAGUGGUUAACCGAAUCAGAGAGGUGGACUUCCGCACUCGUCUGCUGGUGGUGGACAGGGAGACCGAUGAGUACCUCCACAGUCGUGGCUUGGCUUGCACAGAGGCUCUGGCCAUUGAAAUGGGCACCCUGUCCCCACGUCCAUCUCCAGCCCCCACCCCCAGCUCCUCACCCAUCCCACCAUUCUUGCGGAGGGAGCUCGGAGCACUGUCCCCCAAAACGAACCGAUCAUAUGCCGUGUCCACAGUGCGCCCCCUCACCAUCUCCCACUCUCCCACACCAACAGUCACUGAUGGGAAGUCUUCAAGAAACUCUGUUGCUUCAAGAAACUCUAUGGCUUCAAGCAUCACAGACACAGAGGUGAGCUGCAGUCUGUGGUUUAUAAGAUGA